AUGAAUCUCCUCUACUCGACCGUAAACACCCUGCGCGACCGCUACGCCCCGGUAUCGAACAAGUCGACCUUCCGCCAGACGGGCGAGAUCACCCCCGACGAGUUCGUCGCAGCGGGCGACUACCUCGUCUACAAGUUCCCGACCUGGUCCUGGGGCGACGCCGACGCCGACAGCCGUCGCGCCAGCUACCUGCCUCCUGGAAAGCAAUAUCUCGUCACCCGCAACGUCCCCUGCAACCGCCGGCUGGACGAUGACUUUGCUGGCGACGCGGGACACGAGGAGGCCGUCGUCGAGGGCGCUAGAGGCGGUGACGACGACGAGGAUGGCUGGCUGCGGACGGGCGGUCUGGCGAGCUCGCAGCCGCUGAAGGUGAAGGAGAUUCGGACGGUGGACGACUCCGGCAACGUCGGCGAGAGGGAGGUCGUCGAAGACGACGAGAUUCCGGACAUGGAGGACGAGGAUGACGACGAGGCUAUCAUUCCCGACGCAGGAGAGAACAAGAACAGUGGUCGCCGAACAUACACCCUCUACAUCAUGUACUCAGCCUACUACCGCACACCCCGCCUCUACCUGUCGGGCUACAACCCCAACGGGCAACCCCUUCCCCCAAAGUCGAUGAUGGACGAUAUUGUUGGCGACUACAAGGAUAAGACGGUGACGCUCGAGGAUUUCCCCUUCUUCGCCAACAACAUCAAGAUGGCGAGCGUGCACCCUUGCAAGCACGCCUCUGUCAUGAAGACACUGCUCGACCGCGCCGACGCCGCGCUCCGCAUCCGCCGUGAGAAGCUGAGGGCCGGCAAGGCCGUGGGGGGCGACCAGGGCAUGGAAGGUCUCGUAGACGAACUCGGUAAGCUCGAUGUUAAGGACGCCCAGGCCACCGCCGAUAAGAACGACGAGUGGGAGGAGGUCGAGCAAAGCGAGGUUGACGACCAGGAGGUUGCUAUCCGGGUGGAUCAGUACCUGGUUGUUUUCUUGAAGUUUAUGGCCAGUGUGACACCUGGCAUCGAACACGAUUUCACGAUGGGAGUGUAA